AACAUCACCACCACCACCACUACUACUACUACUACUACUACUACUACUACUACUACUACUACCAUGAAGACUCAGGUCACUGCAAUCGCUGUACUAAUGGUGGCAGCGGUGGGAUGUAUGGGGGAGAAUUUCCACCCAGCCCCCUCCUACCAGCCCCCAGCCCCCUCCUACCACCCCCCGGCCCCCACCUACCACGAGCCGGCCAAGGGUAUGCCAUAUAACUUCGCCUACGGAGUGAAGGAUGACUACGCUGGCACAGACUUCGGCCAGGAGGAGAACAGCGAUGGUAACACAGUCAAGGGAUCCUACUCUGUCCAGCUCCCCGACGGCCGCAAGCAGACGGUACAGUACACAGCUGACCACUACAACGGGUUCCAGGCUGAGGUCGGGUACUAUGGUGAAGCUCAGUACCCUAGCGAAUAUGGUACACCAGUUACCUAUAGGCCAUCUGGAUAUGGUCACCAGCCAGCACCAUCCUACCAGCCUGAGCCUACCUACCAUUAAAGGAUAUGUGAGUCCUGCAGGAUACUUGAAGGAUCUGAUGUGAUUGGUGGUUUUGUGAUGAGAUUAGUAGAUGAAAUUUGUGAGUUUUUGUCUAAUUAAUGAGAUGGACAUUUGUUUUUUUGAUCAAAUGACUAAAAUUUUGUUAUAUCACGUUGAUGAAAAAGUUUGAAGUUGACGAGUGGAUGAGAUGAACACCUGGAAUGAUGUGUCUUUCAAAUUAACAUCUCAAACUUACUCCUAUCACCACGAGAGUUAGACGGACACUUAAUGAGACAAUGAGUAACACCUUUAAAUUGAUGAGUUGAUGAAUAUAACACCACCUGUCCUCAACCUAUCUACUAACGCCACAAAUACCACAAUGAUCAACCAGUCCUAUCAAAACGAGAAUAAAUAAUUGAGUUGAAUAUUCCAUCACUCCAAAAUCUAUCAAUCCUUUUUCUUAUCCACCACUGUUAAUUUCAAUGGUGGAUUAAAAAGUGGAUGAAUGGAUUUUUGCGUGACUCAUAACUCUUGCCUUUGUUUUUGUUUGUUUGUCUGUUUGUUUGUCAAUUACUUGUUUUUUUUGCUCAAUUACAUUCAUAGUUGUUAU